AUGAAGUUCGGUAAAGAGUUGUCCUCACAAAUGGUACCAGAGUGGCAAGAAGCUUACAUACGCUACGAUUAUCUCAAAACGCUUCUCAAAGAAAUCAUCAAACUCAAACAAAAAACCAACCCUCCUCCUCCUCUACAUCAUGCUGUCUCCGGCGAAGGACUUAGCCGGAAAAUGACUUUAUACCGAGCAUUUAGCGGUCUUGUUCAAACACCGGGAAAGAAAAGACAAAGCUCCGGUCAAAUCAGGUCUUCUUCAGAAACCGACAUUGAAGAAGGUAAAGCUCCGAUACUUGUUAACAAAGCGAGUCAUGGAUUAGAGACAAUGUUUUUGAUGACGGCAGAGGAAGGAGGAGAAUAUGAGUUGGUGUUUUUCCGACGACUCGACGAUGAGUUUAACAGAAUUGAGAAGUUUUAUAAAGAGAAAGUGGAAGAAGUAGUGAAAGAUGCGAUUAUGCUGAAUAAGCAAAUGGAUGCUCUAAUUGCUUUCCGGGUUAAGGUUGAGAAUCCUGUUGGGUGGGGAUGGGAGGAACGAACGGUGGAGAUGACUCGCUUGGCCUCCAACGUCGCCACUUCCACGGCGGCGAUCGCUGCUUCUACACCCGCCAGAACUCGAACUAUGAAGCCUCAAGCUCAAGGUCGCAUGGAGGCGAUACAAGAAGGAGGAUCCAGCAGAGCUUAUCAAUCCGAAGAAGAUGAAUAUCACGGCGGAGAAACCGGUGACGCGAGAACAAGCAGCUUGAGCAAAAUGGGAGCUGCGAGGCCAGCACCAAUCGAGGUUCUCGAACACAUCAAGAUCAACAACACUAAGGAAACGCCUAUGUCCACCAUUAAAGGCGUUCUCCAUACCUCGAACCAGGAUGAGAUCAUAUUCAAUAGAAACAAUCUGAGGGACGUCGAGGAAAAGCUCAAAUUCGCAUUCGUCGAGUUUUACCAGAAGCUUCGGCUCCUCAAGAGCUACAGCUUUCUAAAUGUGUUGGCGUUCUCAAAGAUAUUGAAGAAGUAUGAUAAGAUAACUUCAAGAAAUGCUUCAAAGGCUUACAUGAAGAUGGUUGACAACUCGUAUCUCGGAAGCUCUGAUGAGCUUAUGAAACUCAUACAGCGUGUUGAAGCUACGUUCAUAAAGCAUUUCGCAAAUGGCAACAGAAGAAAAGGAAUGAACAUUUUGAGACCUCAAAUGAAAAGAGAGAGACAUCGACUUACAUUCUAUACAGGUUUCUCUGCUGGAUGCGUGUUUUCUCUUAUGGUGGCUCUUGUCUCCAUCAUACGCGCCAGGAAAAUCCUUCAAAAGGAAGGCCACAAAGAUUACAUGAUUUCUAUGUUCCCUCUUUAUAGCUUGUUUGGGUUCAUUGUACUUCACAUGAUUAUGUAUGCUAUUAACAUAUACUAUUGGAAGCGUUAUCGAGUAAAUUAUGCCUUCAUAUUUGGGUUCAAGCAAGGAACAGAACUUGGAUACAGACAAGUUCUAUUUGUGAGCUUCAGCAUUGCAGCUUUUGUGCUGCUUUGUAUUCUUGGAAAUCUUGAUCUGCAAGCAGAUCCCAAUACCAGAAGGUUUCAAGCAGUAACCGAACUUCUUCCUCUUUUUCUUCUUAUUGCUAUCUUUGUAGUUUUAAUGUUACCAUUCAACAUUCUCUACCGUUCGAGUCGCUUCUUCUUCCUCACAUGUUUAUUUCACUGCCUUGCUGCUCCUCUUUACAAGGUAACGUUACCAGAUUUCUUCUUAGGAGAUCAAUUAACUAGCCAAGUGCAAGCUCUUAGAAGUGUCCAGUUUUACAUAUGUUACUACGGUUGGGGAGACUUCAAACAAAGACAAAACACUUGCCAAAACUCGGAAAUCUACAAAAUCUUCUUAUACAUUGUUGCUGCCAUCCCAUAUCUAUCUCGCCUCCUUCAGUGCAUGAGACGUAUGGUUGAAGAAAGAAGCUUAGAGCAAGGAUACAAUGGAGUCAAGUACUUGUUGACAGUCGUAGCCGUUUGUUUAAGAACAGCUUAUGAUUUUGAAGGAAACAAGAAUCAUAUACAUAUCCUCAAAGUGUUAGCUGGUGCUGCAUCGGUUCUUGCUGCUGUUUUCUGUACGUACUGGGACUUUGUACAUGACUGGGGACUUUUGAACAGAACGUCCAAAAACAGAUGGCUUCGAGAUAAACUUCUUGUCCCAAAUAAGAAAGUAUACUUCAUCGCAAUGAUCUUGAACGUUGUGUUGAGGUUCGCUUGGUUACAAACGGUAUUAAAUUUUCAAUUCAAGACGCUUCACGUGCAGACGAUGAUUGCGGUUAUGGCUAGUCUUGAGAUUAUUCGCCGUGGGAUGUGGAAUUUCUUCAGGUUGGAAAACGAGCAUUUGAAUAAUGUUGGGAAGUACAGAGCUUUCAAGUCUGUUCCAUUACCAUUCAACUACGACGAGGACGAUGAGAAAGACGACUAG